AUGCGUGGACGCCACGUCUUGGCAUUUGUCGUGCUCGCGGCUGUCUGUUCUUCACGCUGUGAGGCCGUCGGUGCCAGCUCCGAACGCCUGAAGCAGACCAAGCAGGCGACAUCCGGCGCAACGCAAUGGACUCCUAGGCUUGUCCUGGACGAAGAACCUAAAAGAAGUUUGAGGAGAGGGGCUGAGGUCCUCAACCUAGGCCGAGACGCAGCAUUUAAAGCGCAGCUCAAGCUGAAACUGCAGGUGUCGUUAGCUGUCGGACUCAAGCCCGAUCAGGUGCUGAUACUUUUGCAACCGACGAGUACAAAAGACACGCUGUACAGACACUAUACCAAGUAUUUCUAUGACUACUUUGUCAAGUAUCUGGACGAGCCGAUGUCGCAUCUCCCCCAACAAGUUAUCAAGAAUAUCUGGGAGGCAAGACUUCAUGCCUGGCUGCAAACGGACACUCCUCCUCAAGUCUUCUCGAAACUCAAGCUUGUCAAGAGUAUGGAUACGGAUACGUUUGCUUCUGCCAAAGGCCAGAAGAAUUACGAUAUUUUCGAGGAGUUCCACAAAAGGUGGAUGCGGAAGCAGCAGAAAGAGUCUACAAAGCCGAAGCUCGACAUUGUUAUACAUAGGAAUGAUGGAACUUGA